AUGUCUUGGAGAAACCAAGGUAUCACGGGAUCCAACAACAUCCCUCUGGGAAAGCGACGCUUUGGUGGCGACGAAGCCGACGGCGACAGCGCUCCUCCCCCCAGGCGCGACACCAGCGACAGCUAUGGCGACAGCUAUGGCAACGGCGACUUGAAGCGCGGUCGUAGCCCCGAGCCGCGCACCGAUGCCGAUGGCCCGCGACGACGCAAGAAGAGAAACCGAUGGGGUGAUGCCUCUGAGAACAAGGCUGCUGGCUUGAUGGGCUUGCCCACGGCCAUUGUAGCCAACAUGACCAGUGAACAGCUUGAGGCCUACACUCUGCAUCUCCGUAUCGAAGAAAUCAGCCAGAAGCUCAGAAUCGACGAUGUCGUGCCUGCCGAUGGCGACAGAUCUCCUUCGCCUCCCCCGCAGUACGACAACUACGGUCGACGUGUCAAUACCAGAGAAUACCGAUACCGAAAGCGCCUCGAGGAUGAGCGCCACAAACUGAUCGAGAAGGCCAUGAAGACCAUUCCUAACUACCACCCACCUCAGGACUACCGUCGUCCUACCAAGACCCAGGAGAAGGUCUAUGUGCCAGUCAAUGACUACCCGGAAAUCAACUUCAUUGGCUUACUUAUUGGCCCCCGUGGUAACACACUGAAGAAAAUGGAAACAGAGUCUGGCGCCAAGAUCGCAAUUCGCGGUAAAGGUUCCGUCAAGGAAGGCAAAGGACGAUCUGAUGCCGCCCAUGCCAGCAACCAGGAGGAAGAUCUGCACUGUCUGAUCAUGGCCGACACUGAGGAGAAGGUCAACAAGGCCAAAAAGCUCGUUCACAAUAUCAUUGAAACAGCUGCGUCUAUUCCCGAAGGUCAGAACGAGCUCAAGCGUAACCAACUUCGUGAGCUCGCUGCCCUGAACGGUACCCUUCGUGACGAUGAGAACCAGGCCUGUCAGAACUGUGGCCAGAUUGGUCACCGCAAGUACGACUGUCCUGACAAGCCAAACUUUACCGCCAAUAUCAUCUGUCGUGUCUGUGGCAAUGCUGGCCACAUGGCUCGCGAUUGUCCCGACAGACAGAAGGGUGCCAGUUGGCGCAACGAUGGCCCGCCUCAACGUCCAGCUGCUGGACAGAUUGGUGGAGGAGAUGCUGUCGACCGCGAGUACGAGCAACUUAUGCAAGAACUCAACGGUGGAUCCGGGGCUGCUCCUGCUCGUAUUGAGGCUGGCCCAGGUUCCUACAACAACGGUGGCGGUGAUAAUGCCAAGCCGUGGCAGCGUGGUCCUACUGGCGGUCCUGCACCGUGGCGGUCCCGCAACAACGACUCCGGCAACGACGGUGGCUCUGCGCCUUGGCGUGACCGCGGAGAUCGUGGCGACCGAGGAGGUGAUCGCGGACGAGGUAGUGACCACCACGGUGGCAACGACUAUUAUGGUGGCCAGCAAUACGGUAGUGGUGCACCCAGUGCAAGUGGUGGUGCUGCUCCCUGGCAUCAAGCUGCUGCUGCACAGGCUCCAGCUUAUCCCGGCUACGGAGCCUAUGCAGGUUAUGGCUCUGCUCCUGGCAUGGGCCCUCCUCCCGGUCUUCCUGGUGGUAACGCUAUGGGUGCACCACCUGGGUUGCCCGGCAAUAUCAGCGCUUUGAUUCAGCAAUAUGCUGGUGGUGCAGCGCCUCCGCCUCCGCCGCCUCCUUCUGGCGAUGCACCUCCUCCUCCACCUGGCGACCAGCCUCCUCCUCCCCCUCCUCCUGGGGCGUAA